CUGCCCGUCGGCGACUGUAGAUCCUCCAAGCUUGUCGGGAGACUCGAUGGCGAUCGCGAGCCGGAACUACCUUCCCCGACUAUGCCGUUGGUAGCCAACGACGCCCGAAGAGGAGCCUACAGCCUAACAGCCGCCGCCUCCUCCUCAAGACGUCUCCGCCAUCCCUUCCACCCGGACUCCGACGAGCCUCUCCGCCGCUGCCUGCACAACCCCGAAGCUCCUGGCCACCAAUACCAGGACCCUGAAGCCCGCCCCUUCCCCUAGCUCAAGAAUGUCAACCAGUCAAACUGCGGAGCAAUCACAGUUUCGUGAAGGAGCGGAUGAAGUGACUCAGCUCAACAAUCGCAGAAGCAGGAAAAGAUCAAGAGUUUGGGAUUUUUUCAAAGAGCUACCUGAUGAAGGAAAAGCUAUCUGUGUUUAUUGCCAAACCAAAUUGUCGUAUCAUCAAGGGAUUGGUGUGUCACACUUCAAGCGGCAUAUCUUGUCUGGAUGCCAAGAGUUCCCACAGGAUCUUGACCGAAAUGCAAUAUUUCCUGUGAGUGACCCUGCAGAUGGACGUGGUUUUGUGGUGGAUCCAGCUGUUACAAGGGAUUUCAUGAUCAAGUUCUGGAUCAGUGCUAAUAUUGCUUUCAGAAAGAUUGAAAAUGGUUUUUUCAAGAAAAUGAUGAAGUCAGCACACCCAAGUUUGAAUGUUCAUGGUCGAAAAACUCUCAAAAAGGACUGCAUUGGUGUGUAUGAUGAAGAGAAGAAGAAGAUUCAGAACAGUUUGGCUAAUUCUGGCUCUAGUGUUAGUUUCACAACUGACAUGUGGACAUCCGUCCAAGAACUUGGCUACAUUUGCCUGACUGCUCAUUAUAUCGAUGAAGACUUCAAUCUGCACAUGCAUACAAUCAGCUUUAAAAGUGUUCCAUAUCCUCAUAAUGCUGCUGCAAUCCAUAGUACAAUUAUGGAUUGUCUCCAUGAUUGGGACUUGUCCAACAAAGCUUUUGCUAUUACUCUGGAUAAUGCCACGUCAAAUACUGCCGCAGUGAAUAAGUUAAAGGCCAAACUUUGGAUGGACAAGCCAUUUGGUGGUGAAGAUCUGCAUGUGAGAUGCGCAGCACAUAUUUUGAAUUUAGUUGUCCAAGAUGGUAUGGAUAUUAUCAAGGGAGCAAUUGAACCUGUCAGGGAUGUUGUUAAACAUGUAAACUCAUCCGGACCUCGCCUGCAAAGUUUCAAUUUACUUCCAGAAAUGGCUGGCCAUAAGCCUAAGAAAGGAUUGCAUCUAGAUGUUCCCACAAGAUGGAACUCAACUUAUACAAUGCUUGAAGAAGCUCUGAGGUAUAAGGCAGCCCUCACAAGCUAUGCUGAUGUUCAAAACAUUCAAGGACCUACAGUUGAGGAAUGGAAUCUGGCUAAGAGGGUUUGCAACUUCCUAAAGAACUUUGCCGAUGCAACAAAGGUGUUCUCCAUGCAUAAAUUCCCAACAUCACACAGAUAUUUAGAAGAGAUUUGGGGAAUUCGAGGAUUACUUGUUGAUGAAAAAUAUACAAAAGAUGAUUUCUUGAAGGAUCUAUGCAAAGAUAUGAAGGCCAAGUUUGAUAAGUACUGGGAUCAACCUAACAAAGUUCUUUUGGUUGCCUCCUUGUUGGAUCCACGGUACAAACUAGUUCUACUGAGAUUCUGCUUCACCGAAGCAUUUGGAGAAGAGGUAUCUGAGGAGAGAGUAGCCAAUGUCCGUUACUGGUUUGCAGAAUACUAUGAGCAUUAUGAACACAUGGCGGAAAGUUCUUCACGCAGAACCCACAUUAAUUCAUCACCUGAGGUGGGAGGCUCAGCAGAUAUGCUCCCAAGGCUAACAGGAAAGCGCAAAUUGGAGCUGGGAUUUGCUUUGUUCAAACAGCAACAUCGCCCUAAUCGUCGUAGAAGAUCAGAGGUUGAUAUGUAUCUAGAAGAUGCAUUGGUUCCACUUAGGGAAGAUGAUUCUUUUGACGUCCUGAAGUGGUGGAAAAGAAAUGUAGAGAAUUAUCCUGUACUAGCCAGGAUGGCUCGGGACUUUCUGGCUAUUCCUUUAUCAUCCGUGGCUUCCGAAUCGACAUUCAGUACCGCAGGCAUGAUAAUUAAUAAACAUCGCAGUUCUCUAAACCCUGAAACAGCUGAAGGACUGAUAUGCUCCAAAGAUUGGUUGAAAGAAUACUUGUCCGAGGACGACGACGAUGAAGAUGAUGGUAAAAAACAAAAACUGACUAUAUCGGCUUUCUUGAAUUAAUGUAUUACAUGCUGUUGUUAAUGUUUUCUUUUUAUCAA